ACUAAAGGUGCCUUAGAGGAGGAACAGGAGAGAGAAGCCGAGCAGUUCUCUGAGAAAAACAAACAUCAGCUCAAACUCCGGGAGUUAUUUCUGUCGCGUCAGGUCGAGACACUGCCGGCCACUCAUAUUCGGGGCAAAUGUAGCGUCACUUUACUCAAUGAGACGGAAUCCCUGGCCUCUUAUCUCAACAAAGAGGACGCCUUCUUCUAUACGUUGGUCUACGAUCCGCACCAAAAGACUCUGUUAGCCGAUAGGGGAGAGAUUCGGGUCGGACAGAGAUAUCAGGCAGAAGUGCCGCACAACACACUCGCGUCCGGAGAGUCCGACAAUCGGAUUGUCGAAGAACUCGAAUCCUUAGUCUAUACACCAGAACAUAGUCUCAGUGAUAAACAAAUCGAUCAAUACUUGAUUAUCUCAAGAUCUGUGGGAACGUUUGCCAGAGCUCUGGACUGUUCCAGUUCAAUCAAGCAGCCGAGUCUGCAUAUGAGCGCCGCCGCCGCUUCACGAGAUAUAACGCUUUUGCACGCAAUGAAUGUCCUCCAUCAGCAUAAUUAUGAUAUCGGGAAAGCCGUCUGCAGUCUAGUCCCCAACAACGGCCCCGUUCUAUGUCGAGAUGAGAUGGAGGAGUGGUCCGCAUCUGAAGCUAAUCUCUUUGAAGAGGCGCUGGAAAAGUAUGGCAAAGACUUCAAUGAUAUUCGUCAAGACUUUCUUCCGUGGAAAAGCCUUAAGAAUUUAGUGGAAUAUUAUUAUAUGUGGAAAACAACCGAUAGAUAUGUUCAGCAAAAACGGGUGAAAGCAGUUGAAGCCGAAAGUAAACUAAAACAGGUUUACAUUCCUAAUUAUAAUAACAAACCGAAUGCAGUGAACGGAGGCAUGAAUUUGUCAAAUGAUGCGAAUGGAGCCAAUGGUCGCUCCUGUGAGAGCUGUUACAAACAAACGUCUUCUCAGUGGUACGCAUGGGGUCCGCCACACCUCCAGUGCCGACUCUGUCAAAGUUGUUACACUUAUUGGAAAAAGUUUGGAGGACUUAAGUAUUCUUCUCGAAUCGAUAUCGACAAAAUUAAUUCGACUGCAAGAGCACCGACUGAUUCACAGAACUCUCAAUACCCCUGUCGUGAAUGCAAUAAAGUAUUUAAUAGACAAGAGCGGUUGGCGUCUCAUAUGCUGUCCCAUCGACCCCAUCGCUGCACAAUCACUAAUUGUGGAAAAGAAUUCAAAUUCAAAGCACAUUUAGCCCGACAUUGCGCUACUUCUCAUGGGUUAGCCAUGAGAUCUGGAAGUCCGCGACCAAUCAUGAAGACGAGGGCCGCCUUCUACUUGUGCUCCACUUUGGCCGCACGAGUGGCCCGUCGUCUUUGCUCAAAGGUCUUGAGGCCACGACAUGCGACACGCAAUCCAUUUCUGCCCAUAAAUAUCAAUGCCAUUCGCUUGGAAUGUCAGACAAAGUUUGCGAAUGGCAUCCCUCCCAUGCCUAAGACAAAGCCCAUCGAAAGGGGAAAAGUUACGGCUAUUUCUCACAAAUUGGGAACUCCACAAAUGCCUUGUCCUGAGUGGCUGAUUGCAACUCCAAAGGAUCAGUUGCCACAACCGGAGAGACUGGCGUUUCAACCGCCGCCCAGAGGAGAAGACGGUCAGCUGAUGUUACCGCGAAUCGUAGCGCCGCCGUCUACUACACCACCAGAACCACAGGAAUCUAUUAAGACUCAGUGGGGGAUCAAUAACUUGUCGCCCAUUAUGUUAAGAAAGCGGACAUUUGAACAAAACGGGUCUCCGGUGCCGCUCAAGAGACGUCAAUUAGCGCCGCCCAGUAUUCUUGGAAAAGCUGUUCCAGAUUUUUAUGGGAUGACAAACAGGAAUACCAUAAUCACUCCAUUGAACGGUAGGGCGAAAGUGGCGACCAUUACCAGAGUUGGUGGACGAAAGCAAAUGAUAAGUUGGGUCGACGCGCCCGAUGAUGUCUACUUUGUGGCCACUGACUCGACCCGGUAUUAUCACUACUGGAUAUUAAACUUCGUCGACAACUAAAUCCGGGAGAGUUGAGACGCGCAGCUCGUAGGCCAUGGAGGAGAUGUGGGAAAGCCUUAAAUUUGAACUCAAAUAAUACGACCACUACUACUAAUAACAAUAAUAACUCCAAUUCAUUGAACCUCUCAAACAAUGUGCAACAAUUGUUUGCAAAUCCAGUCAGUAUUGCGUGAAUACCGGCAAAUGUUUAGAUCAGCGAUUGGGACAAACGGAUCGGCAGUCUUCAUACUUAUAUUCAUAGUUCUCUCAGACAAGUGACCAAAUGUUUGCGCUUUCUAUCAAUCAAUUGGUACUUAAAUUGUGAAACAUUUACCGCAACUCUCUAUUAAAACAAAGACUACAAAACGGAUCGUUGUUUUAAUAAAGCACUGGUUUUGGACGUCCGCGCCUUCUCUUAAGUGUUAUUACUCUGAACUCCAAUUCAUUCAAUAAUCAAGAAAUGGACAGACAUUCUGUUGAAGUGUUUGAUUUGAACUACAAAAACGUCGAUUGACUGGCUUUUAAGAGAACCAAAAGAUGUCUCAUAAGAAUGUUAUUUCAUUUUCAUCACCACUUUAUAUCCUCUUUCACACAAACAUUUCAUGCAUUCGUUCAUUCAUUUCAUUCAUAUUGUGAUCAUUAAUAACAAAGUUUUUUGAAUAACAAAUUAAAACUAUUUAAGACAAAGUUUUUUGUAUCACUCCGUUGUAGACAAAAAUGUGAGAAAACGAGUGAUUCAAAUGAUGUUAAAAAAUUGCUUCAUUUUAUACCCAAUAUUAAUAUAUUUGUAAAAAUAAUUUUGACAAUUGAACAGAACUGUAAGAUAUGAACAAAUGUCUGAAAAUUUUAUUAUUUUUACACCAGUUAUGGAUUAGACGAUAAUGUAAUGCGAUAUCUAUUGAUGGCAUGAAUUCGGCUGAAGUUUGUUUCGGUGCUAAACCUGUUGACAGCCGAUGACGUGCCAGAGAUUACUGCAACAAACGCCACCAUUUGUAUAUUUAGAUCAUAUUAUAUACAAUUUAUUUAUAAUAUCCGUUGCUUUGGGUUUUCAAAUGCAAACAAACAAAAAAAGCUUUUUAUAAUCUAUUAAAAUCAUAAAAGUAAUUGAAAUACAAAUUUUAAUAGUUUUGAGUUUUUAUGAAUUAAACAUUUUCAAAUUUCACUUUUUAUCAAAUUUGUAAAUAAAUGUCAAACAAAUCAAAGAUUCAAAACGACGAGCCGAUAGACACGAAAAUAUUUUUAAUUAAAUUUAAAUCUCAAAUCUUUCUGUACACACUUUCGGUCU